AUCGGUAUAGACCGCCUCCCAGUACGGCGUUCCAGCAAUGAGCCAAAGGAAGCCAUGAACUGCAAGAGUUGUCGCAAGAGAAAGACCCGGCAAAGAUCAAGUGCAACCGGCUGCGACCGUCUUGUGAAGCCUGUCAAGUCUUCAAUUGUGACUGCAUUUAUGAAAAGAGGUCCCAAGACCGACGUACUCGAAGCCCUCCUGAAACGUGUGAAUGGACUGGAGAAGAGGUUGAAAGACGAAGGGAAAGAUCCGGAUGAGGACAUACAAGAAGCAAUAAUCGCGGAAAGCGUGAAGGAUGCAGCGGACGAGAAGUUAUCCAAGAAGGCUCCUUCUCCACCAGAUGCUGUGGUGCCCCAAACAGCCGAAGCACAGCAAAUGCAGCAGCAGCGACCACAACCCCCGCAGCGUCAUCCGAGCAUAGGCUUCCCAGACCAAUUGAUGCGCCAGCAAGCCCCAUCUGCCCUCCAAAACAACACCCUUCUUGAUGCAUACUUCAAACGGAUACACAGCAAGCCAUAUUAUAUCCUCGAUGAAGCUGCCACUCGCCAGCGAUGGCAGACCGGACAGCUUCCCCCAAGCGUCAUCAAUGCCAUCCAUGCCGUUACUGCUAGCGAGGAAUGCGCAGUGCGUGCGCGGAACUUGAUGGAUACCGACGAUCCAACCAUCGAAAACGUACAAGUCCUGUUGCUACUCUCCAAUGCCUUCUUCCAGGCCGGCAAGGGCAAAAAGUCAUAUAUGCUUCUUGGUCAGUCCCGCCGUACACAUCUCAAUUCAAGACUUGCUGACUGUGACCAAAGCUNNAGUGCCAUAAGCAUGGCAUUUGCGCUCAGCUUGCAUCGUGAACUUCCUGCCGGCCUUCGCAUCUCGCCCAACGAACGAGAAGGUCGUCGAAAACUGUUCUGGACCUGCUAUAUCAUGGACAGCUUCCUUGCCUCGGGAUCCAAGCGGCCUUCUCUGAUCGCAGACGAAGCCAUCUUCUUACGACUGCCCGGAUGGCAAUCCGAUUCCACCUCGAUACCAUACGAAGGCAACUUUUUCUCUAACGGAAUAAAUCUUCCCAUGUCUGCGGGACCCGGAAGACUACAUCAAAGUGGUGGAUCCAUGUUGAUCGAAAUUUCAAGGAUAUUGGGCAUCACAAAUCGCUAUCUUGCUGCAGGCGGUGUGAAAGGCGACUCACACUUUCCAUGGCAUGCCCAGUCGAACCUAUCCAAGAUUCGGCAAGAUCUUGAUACCUGGGCUGCAAGCGCACAGGAUGCUUUCCUGUCAAUAGAAGCAUUGUUUGGCCAGACGGAAAGCCAGACACUGGUUUUGAGCAAGUUGGUUUACCAUCUCAUUCAUUGUUUGAUUUAUCGGCCCUUCCUACCCAUCGACCUUACCGAGCUUUCAGGUACUGGACAGCAUCAAUCCUGGCAGAUCGAAGCGACGAAUCUUUGUUUCCUGCACGCAAAUGCCAUUGCAGAGCUGACCGAGAUUGGCAAGCAUUCAUCUAUAACUGAUUGGCCGGCCUAUGUCGGAUACUGCCUUUGUACUGCUGGCACCAUUCACGUCCAUGGCGCACACUACCCUAGUCGAGAAGGAGAUGUCUUCACCAGGAGUGCCGAAUUUCUGUCCAAAGAGAUGUCUCAGCUAUCGGAAAUGCGUAUCGUCUGGGCCGGCGUGUUGCACCAACGGGAGACCCUGCAAACGGUUUACGGCUGUCAUUCUCAGCUGGUGAAAUCCUUGGCCACCAAUCCCAUGCGAUUCUCGCCUGUCUUCCAGAUGGAGGACUUCUUUGAUCGCUACCCUGGACAGUUCAUCGAUGGAGCACACGUCACAUUCGCUGAUAUCACUGUUGAAGCCUUGCACGAGAGUCUGCCAGCCUACAAUGGCUUCAACAAUAGCAACGGUGGCACUUGGCAGUGGGCACCACAAUCCCAAAGCGGACCUUCUGUUCCUUCUGUCACUGCGACGGCCAAAGCAUCUGUCAAUACCAACAACGACCAUCAUGUUUCUACAGCAAGUCGCAAACGCCGCCGCACGAACGACGCUGCCAGUCCUCCAAACCUACCCGUCGUGAUUCACGACCCAGCCCUCAAUCCUUUGUCGCCAGACUUCGCAAAUCCCUUGACCUCACCUGAUGCUACUGCUCACACCCAUCCGCCACAAACGAAAGCAGCAGACGAAACCCAAAUGUUUACCCAAAAUCCACUCUCGCCAUCAUUUUCCUUUUCGCCAUGGCAAUCCCACCUCUCGCUUCCCAUGGACCCUAAUCUCAACCUAGCACAAUUCGAUAACCUCUUCAGUAUACCGGGACAGAACACGCACUCGAAUACGACCUUUGACCAACAGACUCCAGGAGGGCUUUCGGCAAACGGUAGUGUGAAUACAGAAGGAGACAAAGAUCCGUUCAUGAGUCUUCUAGAGCAAUUGGCCGAGAACGAACAAACUGGUCAUGGGGGACCCAGCGAUCUGGACUUUUUCUUGUCUUCGAAUGGCGGGCAGGGUGGGUUCUUGAUGGGUUCGCCAGAAGAGUCAAAGAGAUGA